AUGUUAAAUUCACUGUUUCGUGGUCUUCUGGGAACCGAAGAAUUGCCCACUAAAGUCUUAGAAGUGCGAUCAGACAAUUAUAUUUCGAGGCCAAUACAUUACAGAGAAGAUUCCAUGUUACUUUAUGGACCAAAGAUGCCCCCUAAUAACAAGAAUUCUAAAGAUAAAUAUUAUGAAAUAGUCCUACACAAACCUUUUACGGAAAGCUUAUAUCAUAUGUACAGUUUAUUUCGGUCUGAUAGCCUCGAAAGCUCUGAGGAAAAGUUUAUUGUGUUUAAAGAGAGGAUACCGCUUUACAUAAAAGUCACUAAGGAGUGUUCUGUUCAGACAUUACAAAAACUUUGUGACACUUUAUCCGAGCAUCAAUCAUGGACGAUAGCACAUCUGGUGGCACACUUUGGUCUAUAUGAGCUAUUCAACGAUCCUGAUGUUCAAAAGCAUUUAGAUGAUGCAGAUCCGGGUACAGGGGCUACUCCAUUAAUGGUUGCAGUCAAGACUGGAAAUGUUCGCAUGGUACAAAACUUGCUCUCUCUAAAUUGCUCGUUAGAUGCAAUUGACUCAGAAGGAAAUAAUGUGUUUCAUUACUCUGCAGCCAGCAAUAAAGAGAUUAUUAAUGUUUUGGCACAAAAAAAAGCCACCUCCCUGAACGUUUACAACAAGCAGGGCUACACGCCGUUGCACAUGGCCUGCCUAGCAGACGCUCCCGACUGCGUCCGCGCACUCCUGCUAGCUGGUGCUGAUGUCAACUUGUCAGCUGCGAAGCGUUCCCAGCCAUCGAAUGCACUGCCUGGCAUUGUCGGGGACAUACUGCAGGACAACCAUCCCAAGCUGUAUCAGCAGGACAUGAAGCAUGGAGGGACGCCUCUGCACUGGGCCGUGUCUAGAGAGGUGGUCGACGCGCUGGUAGACAAGAACUGCGACAUAAACGCGCUGAACUUCGACGGUAGGAGCGCGCUGCACGUGAUGGUGCUGCGGGGCCGGUUGGAGUGCGCGAUCGCCCUCCUUUCCAGGGGUGCCGAACAUUCGAUCGGCGACAAGGAGGGCAACACGCCCCUCCACCUGGCGGUGAAGCAGACCAACAUCUCGAUCGUGCAAGCCCUGAUCGUGUUCGGCGCCGACCUCGAGGCGAGGAACAACUCGGGGCUGACGGCGCGCCACACCGUGCCCACGGAAAUGUCGAACAGCGUGUACGACAGGAUACUGUACGUGCUGCACGCGGUGGGCGCGCAGAGGUGCCCGCCCGACGUGCCGGGCUGCGGGCCGCACUGCUCGCCGCGCGGCGAGUACAACGGCGUGCCGCCGCCGCCCGUGCCCACGGCGGCCGCGCGCGAGGUCAUCGGCGACAUGCUCUCCUCGGCGGCCGUCGUUCGCGCAUCGCUCAACGCCGAGAAGAGCCACGGACGGCUCCUCUGCCUGGACGGUGGCGGCAUCAGGGGCUUAGUGCUGGUGCAGAUCCUGAUCAACCUGGAGGCGGCUAUCGGCAAGCCGAUCAUCCACUGCUUCGACUGGGUGGCGGGCACCAGCACGGGCGGCAUCCUCGCCCUCGCGCUGGCCUCAGGGAAGACCCUGAGGGAGUGCCAGCAGCUCUACUUCCGGAUGAAGGAGUUCGCCUUCGUGGGGAUGCGGCCCUACCCCUCGGAGCCCCUGGAGAACAUACUGAAGGAGUGCCUGGGCACCGAGACGGUCAUGGCGGAUAUCACGCAUCCGAAGAUGAUGAUACUGGCGGUGCUCGCCGAUAGGAAGCCGGUAGACCUCCACAUCUUCAGGAACUACCAGUCCGCGCAGGAGAUACUGGACGAAUACAACGGCGCCUCAAGCCCCCGCGCGGCGGACGAGGGGCAGGGGGCGGGGCAGGGGCAGGGGGGGUCGGUGGUGUCCCUCGCCCCCCCGCCUUCGCCCGCAGAGCAGCUGGUGUGGCAGGCGGCCAGGGCAACGGGCGCCGCGCCCUCCUACUUCCGAGCCUCCGGCAGGUACGUCGAUGGCGGUCUGAUGGGCAACAACCCCACUCUGGACGUGCUCACGGAGCUUACCGAACUGCGACUGGCUUACGAGGGCACCGGCCAGCUCGAGGCGGCGAAGAAGACCAAUCUGAAGAUUGUGGUAUCAUGUGGAACAGGACAAAUACCGGUUACAAAGAUAAAGGACUACGACGUUUUCAAGCCGGAGAGCUUGUGGGACACGGCGCGGCUCGCCUGGGGAUUGACUGCGUUAGGAAACUUGCUUGUCGAUCAGGCGACGCAGUCGGACGGGCGCGUGGUGGAGCGCGCCCGCGCGUGGUGCGCCUGCAUGGGCGUGCCGUACUACCGCUUCGCGCCGAGGCUGUCGCGCGACGUGGCGAUGGACGAGCGCGCGGACGACAAGCUCGUCACCAUGCUGUGGGAGGCGCACGCGUACAUGCGCGAGCACCGCGACCGCGUGCAGCACCUCGCCGCCCUGCUGCUCGAG